AUGAACUGGACUGGAGGCCGUCUCCAUCGAUCUUCAUACAAGAUGAAGUCAUCAUCCAAAAACGUUGUGAGACAACGUGUUGCUCAAGCUAAAAUACGAAUGGUAGAUAGGCCGCCAGAUACUCUGUCGUUUGAGGUUGCUACUGGAGCACCGGGUAAGGAAGGCUGCAAUGAUGGACACGCUGGUACCAUUCGAGCAGUUGACGACCUUGGAGCAAGCUUUCAGAAAGCAAAACAGCCAGCAUAUUCAAACAAGCCGGGUUCCAUAGGUUCCCCUCCGGCUAGAGUUGAGGAGAUGAGAAAGAAGCUACUUGAUAAGAAAGACUGGGCGGGUCUUAGCCUAUCACGACCACAUAAGUUACAUACACCAUGUGGCCAAGUUAAAGGGAGACUUGGAAGAAAGCAGUCAUUACCUUAUGGAAGAAAUCCCAUCCGAUACUCCCCUCAGGGAGGUCAAUUUUCUCUUCCGGUGGAACGCCGAAAGAUUGCACAACCACACUUAUACCCUACAAAUCAGCUAAGUUCCGAUGAUAUUAGUAUAUGGAUUGAGCAACAACAAGAAGAACCUCAGCAUGAGGCUCUCCACAAUGGAAUGUAUAUGGAAGCCCAAGAGUCAGUGGAGCCGAUAUCGUCUGAUAACAACACAAGCAGAGAUAGAUCAAUUAGGUCUCUUAGGUCUACAACGCGCAAUGCGCGCUCUAUAUGUCAGUCAGGCAUGAAGACACCACGAUAUGCUGCUUGUGGUAAUCGUGUCGACAACGAGAAAUGCCAAUUACAAUUGACUAAACGGCUAGAUAUCUCCCCAAACCCCGAUCUAUCAAACCUACCCGUUCUAGAUCGCCGUGGCUCGUUUGCUACAAUCGACGGCCAGACAAGAUAUGUGCCACCGUCAUCUUCUAAACCCAGCAGUUCGAGUUCUCCAGAAGAGGAUAGUAGGAUGAAGUCAUCAAGGAAUGCAGAUGAAUACUGGUCUCGAAGAAGAGCCAUGUUAUACCAUAGUCAGAGAUACCAAGCACAAGAUACAUCUCCGCGAAACACUAAGUGUAUGGAAGUAGCAAACAACCUGGCCGGAUGCUCUUCAGGAUAUUCGUGUGGCGAUAACACUGCUAUGAUACGACAGAGGGAGGGAGCAACAUUCCGUUAA